AUGGAAGUUAUAUAUAGAAAUAUUACAAAUACAUAUUUCGAUUAUAGGAGAGAAAUAAAAAAAAAGAAAAAUAGAUUUAAAUUAAGAGCAUAUGAAAAAGUAGAUGAAGAUGAAGAUACAGGAAAAGAAAAUUUAUUAAAUCAAAAUGAAGAUUUGGAAAUGCAAGAACAAAGUAUGUUACCUCCUUAUUGGAUAGAAAAAAUUGAAGAAUGUUCAGAAGAUAUAAAUAAUAUGAAAACAAAAAUAAUACAACUUCAAAAAUUACAAAAAAAUAAACUUUUAAAUGCUUUAAAUAAUGAUGAAAGUCUGACUGAAAAUAUAACACAACUAUCCUCAAACAUAACGUUUUUAAUAAAAAAUUGUGAACAAAAAAUUCAAAGUGUGUCCUCAAAAGAUUAUGAUAAAGAUAAAAAUAAUAUAAUUGAAAAACUUAAAAAUAAUGCUAAAAAUAGCUUACUUUCUCAACUACAAUCAUUAUCACAAACAUUUCAUAAAAAUCAAAAAAGUUAUAUAAAAGAAUUUAAAAAAAUGUCUAAUGCAUAUGAUGACCUUCAACAAUAUCAAAACUUCAAUGAACAAAAUGAAUUACUCUACCAACAAGAAGAACAACAACACUCUUCAAUUAAUAUGAACAAAAGAAAUAGUGACUUAAAAAAAAUUGCUGAUACUGUAGUAGAUUUGCACACAAUAUUUAAAGAAUUAUCUGUAAUGUUAGUUGAUCAAGGAUCCUUACUAGAUCAAAUAGAUUAUAAUAUGGAAGCAUCGUUGGACAAAAGUGAAAAAGGAAUAAACAAAUUGAAAAUUAUAGAAAAAAGAGAAAAUGAUAAAAUAGCAAAAAAAUGUGUAUCAUACCUUACGACAUUAAUUUUUGUUUUGUUAUUUUUAAUUAUAAUCAAACAUUUAUAUUGA